AUGUCGCCGUCACACUCUCGCUCGCACUCCGUGGAUACAGAAAUGCAUGAACUAAACGCUGAGGCCGACUACUUGGAGGAGAAGAUGCACAUCGUGCCCACAGGCGUGAACGGUGUGGAUGCGAAACUACUGGGGCACAACAACGAUCCAGAUGCGCAGGCCAUGGUAAUCCAGUCCCUGCGCUCGCAGAUCCAGGAUCUCUUCUCGCAGGUAUCCCAGCUUAACAACAAGCUCGUGAACUCCUACGAUCGUAUGUCCGACCUGGAGGAUGAGUUGCACGUCACCACUUCGAACUUGCGCACGUCCACACUCAAGGUCACCGAACUCGAGCUCGAGCGAUCGCAGCAUAUAUCCGCACUGAACACGGGGCUGCUCGUCGAGAAGGACCACGUCACAUCGGAGCUCAACCGGUUAAUGGAGAAGGCUACCGAGGAGGCCGCACAGCGUGGGCAGGCGGAGACGGCGCGUGAGCAGAUCGAGAAGGACCUCGACGACCUGAGCGCAAGUCUGUUUAACCAGGCAAACAGCAUGGUCGCCGAGGCACGGAUGGCGCGCGCACGUAGCGAGCGCAAGGCGGAAGAGACGGAGCGCGCGUUGAAAGAGGCAGAAGAGGUGGUUGGGUUGCUGCAAGGGCAGAUGCAGGCCCUGCAACUGGAGAAGGAGCGCGCGGACAGGCGGGUGGAGGAUAUGCGGGUGACGAUGGGCAAGGGCAAGUGGGUGGACAGGGGACACUCCCCCGAGUGGGCUGCCAGGCCACGCCUGCUGUGCUCACAUAUGCCCUACCAAGAGUAUAUCGCAUUCAUCUCCCACUUACGGUCCAUUCGUCCUUCCAGCCAGCAUCCGCCGGCCAUGUCGACACUGCUGCCUCUUCCAUUUCUCACAAGGCUCGUUACGGAGGAUUCAGAUCCUACUGUCCGUUUGGACCUUGCGCCAUCACUGAACUGGCUUACGCGUAGAUCAGUCAUCUCGGCGAUUCACAGUGGUCAAUUAACGGUCGAGCCUAUGCACACGGCCGCCCUCCUUGAAGAGAUCUCACCCUCAAUACCUGGAAGUACUCAGCAUACCCAGAUCUCGUGCGCUCUGUGCGGCACAUCUAUUCUCUCUUCAUCAGGUCGCGCUUCACCUACUAUAACUACGCUUGCACCCUCCGCCGCUCAGGGCAGAUCCACUGUGAACAACUCCUGGUCAUCGUCUCUGUUCAAGAACUCACUGGUGCAAACAAUGUCUUCCAGUCCUGGUGUCCUAUCACAACCAUCCAGUCAGCAGCAAGCAUCGUUCAUUCUGUCAGAGCCACCUACCCAGAUCUACAUCUUCCGCAUUGACACAACAUCAUCCGGUCUUCCAGUGUCACUGCCCCUCUCCUCUCAGCAGAAUUCUGCCCAACAUCGGCCGACGAUCUACCCACUCUGCACCACCAAGUGGUGCCUUCACAGGCUCCGUACGACAUGCUCGAUGUGGGCCUUUAUCCGCACGGGUGUCGUGGAGAAGAUCUGGGAAGAGACUCCAUACGUUCCGCCAUCGCAUCACUCCCCCAAGACCAGCCUUACUGGUUCUGAGAAGCAAGAUUCCUCGAGUGGUGGAGCAGAUGCAGAUAAGAAGCCACCGGUCCCGCCACGGCGGGCACGCACGGCCAUCGGUGCAUUUUGGGGUUCGGUGCAGCGAACGCUGAGCAGCAGUAGGGAGGCUGAGAGCCAGCCGUCUACUCCGAAGGAGAACGAGAAGCCCUUGCCAAACUCGCCAACAAAGAAGGACUUCCAGCCACCUCCCGUGCAUCCUUCACGAUCUGCUCUCGCUCCUGACAGCCCUCCCUCUGUCCCUCCGCCACUUCCAAAGCGCAACCGAGGGCGAGACAUGAAGUCAAGGACGCUCUCUGUGUCCGAGCCGAUCGUCGGAGAGGGAGCAGUGGACGAGCCUGCUCUCUCGCAUGCAGACUCGGCCGAACAGUUUGCCACUCCCGCUGAGGACGUCACGUCCAUGCUUCCGGAGCGCACGGAGUCGCCCGCUGCUAUUCCUUUACCACCCUCUGGCCCUUCGACUCCUGAACCUCAGCUGCCGGCGGUGCAAGUGGAUGCUGCUCCGGAAGCGGAGGCACCGACCAAUAAUGCAUCGGAAAUCCCUCCAGUACCUGCAAAUAAAUCGUCCAAUGUACAAGGUGACGCCACCCAUGGCGUCUCGCCUGUGCCACCUCCGCUCCCUCGUCGCGCUGCUGCCCGCCCACGCCCAGUAUCCAUGGUAGUACCUCCGCCUGUGGACACAACUCCUGUGGCGCCUACUGAGACGAAGAUCGAGCCGGAGAAACACGGUAGUUCUGCUGUUGUGGGUGAGGAGGAGAAUGCUAAGGAGAAUGCUUCUUCAACUGAAGGAGAUGCGCCUGCCCCUCAUCCGCCGGAGGAAGUACAGCCUGCUAUAGAGACUGCGGCAUCUGCGGUAGCGGAAGAGUCGCAGGUUCAGGAGCAAUCAAUGGCAGCAGAACCUACCGAGAAGGAGCAGGAGCAAGCCGCCAAGGAGAUCAUAGAGGGCGACCCAGCGCUCCCUGAAGCCACUCAAGCCCCGCAGGAACAGUCUGAUGCUAAUACAGCUCACGCCACCGCCGCCGAUCCAUCUGAGGAGAAUGCGGAGAAAGACAUCGAUGCUGAGGAAGCAAAGUCUUCUUCUCACGAAGGAUCUGUUGACGAAGAGCAAGGAGCCAAGCCUACUCAGCCAAAGGUCCCAUCUGAAGAAAACGUCGCUGACAUCUCCCACGAGAACACGGAAGAGACACCCUUUUCUCCGGUGGCAUCGUCAACGAAUGGUGUCGUCGAUGGCGUGGAAGGUCACAAAGGUCACGGCAAGGUGGAGACUGUCCCGGAUAUCGUCUCUGAAGAUGUGUCGAUUAGUUCAAGAGAUGCGGAGGAUGCUGCGCUGUAUGUCGGCGAUGGAACCUGGGAGGAACGGACGUGGAAGGAGCUUGUCAGGCUGCGGGAAGAGAUGCUCUGGGCACGGAUUGGAGGGAUGCGGUGA